UCGGGCAGUUUGGUGGCCCUUUACCUCAGCCACAUCUUGCAGCACUAGGUCCUAUAACUCCCAUCCAGUAUCGCGUAACGCAACUAAGAGUUACAGGUGUUCUGAAGUCAGAGGCCGAAAGAGAGGGGAUAAUGAGUUAUGAGAGCGGCGUUGAUGGGCUGCGACUGGUCAGUGUGCCAUUGGAAUUAGCUGAUACUGUUCAGAUAUGCAAGACUGCAGACCCUUCAUGCUCACUCAUGAAAGCAAGGAAUAUGCUAGCAUCUUACCUUGACCAGCAACGAAAGCUAGAGCAUGAUCUUCAGCAGGACCAUCAGGUGACACUUUCUGAGGUUAUAACAGCAUAUGAAGAAGCCGUGGGGACGAUCAGAGCUGCAGGCAAACCAAGUCUUCUUGCUCAGGCGCUUCAUGAACUUGGAAACUUGCAUUUUUAUCGUGACAACCUCAGAGGGGCGUAUGCUUGCUGGGCAGACGCAGCCGAUGUAUUACUAAAGAAAACUGACGUCAUCAACAACUGGAGGAUGUGUCUAACAGCUGAAGAGCUCGGUGGCGCAGCCCUAUUGGCAAGAUGUGGCGUGUGGGGGUGCCUGCUUGCCGGAAUCUUGGUGACAGAUGUGGCUCGAUACGUACUGAAGCUAGGACUGGCACUCAGGACAGAGACUUGUCUGCUCGCUGCUGCACUAUUCAGGGCAGUGUUCGGUGCAGCUCUGCCAUGUCUGAGGUCAGAUGAGGAGUUUGUGAACGCUGCAGGAGGCAGUGUUGAUGCAGUGCCCAGCAUAGAGCUGCUCAGUGACCACGGACGGUGCAACCCUGCUACACUAGUUACCUGUCUCAUGUGGCUUGGAGACGAGCUAACCAAGAGCCACCACUUUGUAGCGGUGAUCCCAGUGCUACUGCUGCAGGAGAGCGUGGCGAGGAGGCUGCAACUGUGGUGUGAGUGGGCUGCUGGGCAGACAACGCUGGUGAGGGUUGUGACAAACCUCGGACGGUACUGCGACGCCGUCAUCAUUCUCCACCGACUCUUCAAUCCACCGCUGUUAGCAGACACUCCUGGCGCUACACACACACCAAGAUUUCACAGGGAAGCAGCAUUUAACAACGUUGACAAUAUUGAGGUAUUGAAAUUGUAA